AUGUCAGUAUCGCAAUUGUACUUCGUUCUAUUCUAUCAAAGUAUUCUUCUUUGUAUUUUUGGAUGGGGACCAAUUGGUCAUAGUCUUGUUGCACGUCUUGCACAAAGUCAAUUAGAUUUAUCUACUAAUAAUUGGAUUCAAAAUUAUAUACCAGGAGAUUUAUUAGGUAAUUUAAGUGCAAUUGCAUCAUGGCCUGAUAUAAUACUUUAUCCAGAUACAAAUCCAUUAGAUUAUAAUAAAUGGCAAUGGUCUCGUGAAUUACAUUUUAUAAAUACACCUGAUUGGUAUUGUGAAUAUAUUUCAAUAAGAGAUUGUAUGAAUAAUAGAUGUAUUGAAGGUGCAUUAAAAAAUUAUUCACAAAGAUUAAUUGAUAAUAAUUGUGAUUAUGUACAACAACAACAAGCUCUUUUUUUUCUUGUUCAUUUUG